GUGGCGAGCCCCGGUGAGGAGAAGAAACGAUGGUGUCCUGGAUGGUCUCCCGGGUGGUAGUCCUUGUGUUCGGUUUGCUGUACCCGGCAUAUUCAUCCUACAAAGCUGUCAAAACCAAGAAUGUUCGAGAAUACGUGCGCUGGAUGAUGUACUGGAUCGUGUUUGCACUCUUUAUGACGGUAGAAACGUUUACGGAUAUUUUUGUAUCAUGGUUCCCAUUCUACUACGAGAUCAAAAUGGCCUUUGUAAUCUGGCUGCUGUCUCCAUACACACGAGGGGCCAGCCUGCUGUACAGGAAGUGUAUUCAUCCUGCCCUGUCCCUAAGGGAUGGAAAGGAGAUUGAUUCUUAUAUCGUACAAGCAAAGGAACGCGGCUACGAGUCUGUGGUCACCCUCGGGCGAAAGGGUCUGAAUAUUGCAGCAAGUGCUGCCGUGCAGGCGGCCACUAAGGGACAAGGAGCCCUGGUUGGGCGUCUGCGCAGUUUCAGCAUGCAAGAUUUAAGGGAGCUCCCCGAUGAUACUCCACUACACUACAGAGACCCACUUUAUCCCGAUGCAGCUACUCUCCAGCGACGUCCCAUUGGUUAUGCCACUCAGUCCCAGGCUGACAGCGACUCUAUGGAUGAGAGGUGGUCUGAUUCCGAAACCAGAACUGCAGCAAGAACACGGGGCGCUCUGCCUCCAAAACCAUUGCAGAGGAGUCAGAGCCUGAGAACCAGCAAGAAGAAGGUGGUGGUAACUAAAGAGGGAUCUGCAAAGACCAGCAGGCCGAGAGCGAAGAAGAAGGUGGUGCAGUCCGAAUCGGAGAUGUGACCGAUGGAG